GUUUAGCUGUGCACGCACACUUCAAUGCCAAAGUAUCUGAUUUUGGUCUCGUCCGUGCUGCCCAACACCUCGAUGACAAGAGCUACCUUCGCACACAGAACGUUCAAGGCACGGUCGCUUACAUGUGUCCGGAGUUCCUCGAAGAAGGCCGCAUGACUACAAGACGGAUGUCUAUGCCUUUGGAAUGAUUUUACUGGAAUUGGUGACUGCAGCCAAACCGGCACUAGGCUGAAAACAGAAAUGCGGAGAACUGUUAAAAACCAAAAGUUCAUUGAGAUGCUGGACUCGACACUCAACCCAAUCGAAGCAGAGCGCCAGAGCAUCAGCGAGUUUGUCGCUCUUGCGCUAGAGUGUCUUGAUGAGGGUGCGGAUGAACGGCCAUCCUUUGGACGCCUCAUUGCUACUUUGGAUCCUUGAUGACAAUCGGAAAACAUACUGUAUUGCACGUUUCUAACGAGGGCGAGGUUGCACACUUUUUCAUUCAGCGGAUGUUUCGGCUUGGCGAACACUCGCAUAUGGGCGUGUUGGUCAAUUUACCCCUUCUCUUCUCGAGCAUUCUUUGAAUAUAAGCUAUGGUUUUGUUCUCUCCACGCUGCAAUAAUGAACUUACAUUGAAUGAUUGAAUGGGGAAUCAAGCUCACUUUACUUUGUGCUCAAAGAGUAAAGCAACCAAAAAAAAAAAAAAAAAAAAUGGCGGCGAGCCAAGACCACGAUUCAUCACGAAAUCUCGCCGCUUCUACUUCGACCGCUCCAACUGAAGUGGUCGACCCGCGUGCAGAGUGGGCGCGCGACCUCCGCCUGCGCUUUUGCGUGCGGCCACAGUUCCCCGAGACGGCGACCAUGCUGCAUGCGGACGGCAGUCUCAACCGCGGAUACUUUCGCAUUGAGCGAACGGCCACCAAGGAGCGGACGUGGACAGAUCGCGAACGCGACCUCCUCAUUGCUGGCAUUGGCACGUACGGCGUUGGCAACUACUCUGCCAUGACUGCCGACCUGCUGCCAGAAUGGACAAGCAACGAUUUGCGAUUGAAAACAAUGCGCUUGCUGGGCAGGCAAAACCUGACCAGAUACAAGGGCUGGAUGGGGGAUGCAGCUGCAAUUGAGCACGAGUACGAACGCAACCAUGCACUCGGCAUUGAACUCAACUGCUGGCGAAGCGGCAUGCUCGUGGCAGACGACGAUGGGGCAUUAGAGCGAGCACUAGACGUGGCAUCGUCUGGGAAUGGUGCUGCUCUGUCGGCCAAAUCCCCAGCAACUUCGUGAAGCGACUUUUCGCAAAGCCGGGCUCAUCACCAAUGACCUCGUUCAUUCGCAAGCUGGCAGCGCUUGACAGCUUCAGAAACGAUGCGCUUGAGCUGGAGCUUUUUAUUUAUUGUUACAAGGAAGUCAUGCAGGUGGGUUGAUUCCACUGCAUUGCUAGUUUUUGCACAAACGGCCGUAGUUUUCCACGCACUCCAUCCCCCAAGUCCAAGCCAUACCGCCGCGCAUGUGCACCAAGUGUCUCUUGUGUUGUAUCAAAGUUUGAAUACAAAACGAAAAGAG